UCCCCUCCGAUUCACGGGGCUAAAGAAAUUCGAGUCCACGGAGCCGACACAAAAGCCUAUCGCGAGGCGACGGAGCGGCGGCGCAAGAAAUCGAGCGGAGCCGCGGUGCCGCCGGCGACGCCUCCGACCACGACGGUCGCCUCUCUCCGUUGCAGAUUUUGUCCAAGAUCCUGCUUUGCACACGAUGCUGCCUUGUCAAGGAGUAGCUACUGCGACUGCAAAUUCUCAGCUAUUUGGAUUCCCUGCUGCAAACCGCUACGGAUAUCCUGCAAGAUCACCGGUUUUUUCUAAACAAGCGUUUCUCAAGUUGCGGGCAUCGGCACUUCGUUGUGACAAGAAAAUCCCCCCUCUGAGAGCUUGUUUUGAUUUUUCCGCUCGUGCUGUAUCUUCAUCUCUCGCAAAGUAUGAUUCUGUAAUGGGCAACAAUCCCUUCAAGCCAUUGCCAUCAAUCCGCAGCUCGCACCCAAGAUCUCAAGUUAGUUGUCAGGCAUCUUUAGCAUCAUUCAGCUACCCUGAACUAUCUUCUAAACCCAAAUGGUGGUGGAGGACCCUGGCAUGUGUACCUUACCUUCUGCCACUGCACAACAUGUGGUCGCACGCGGAUGCUGUGUACCAGCUUCAUCCAUACUUGCAACAGUUUGGGCUGUUUUAUGCCUUCAUUGAUACAAUGGCACUAGUCCCUGGAUGGCUUUUCCUGAUGAUCUUCAUGACUGUCUACUUCUUUGUGGUGAGACGGAAGUGGUCGCCGCACUUUUUGCGCUAUCACAUCAUAUUGGCCAUUCUUCUUGACACGGGCUCUCAGGCUCUGGCGACCAUGUGCAACUGGAAUCCAAGCAUUGUCUUUCAGGGUAAACCAAUGGCGUAUUUCUGGAUGACACUGGCCUUCAUUCAGAUCUUCACAGUUGUCGAGUGUAUGAGGUGUGCCCUUUCAGGAAUGUAUCCUAACGUUCCAUUCAUAUCCCACACAGCGUUCAUCCAUUCUGAUCUGAACCUGUUCAGGUAAUUGGCUAGUGCAAAUGUGCAUCUGAAAAUGUAAGAGGGGUUAAGGAACUGUGUGUGAGAUAGAGAACUAGCUGAGGCAAAAAUGGUUUGGAAGUGUAUUUCGGGACAUAAGAAGGGGAUGCAAGUAUAUGCAAUCAUCACGGGUAAUUGUACUAGCUUCUCAGGACUCUGCAGUGUUAUACUGCAUCAUUUCAUGAAGUUCCAGGGGACACCUGACUUCAAAUUUUUUGUGUGGCUUGGUUUGUAAACGACAAGCAAUUCGAAAUGAUGUUUAAUUUGACCAGUAUGCUUAUGUUGGAGCUCCCAA